AUGCCCUGUGCCUUCUUCCAGCCACGCGCAGUCGUUGCGGCUGUGAUCGGCUAUGCAACUGCUGGAAGCGCCACGACUGGUGCUGCUGCCUCCGACCUCUGUGUCGCUCCGGCGCAGAACACGCUCUCGAGCCGCUGCUUUGGCGUCUGCAGCUCGUCGCUCUGUGUGAACUACGCGCUCGCGACUGCAAAGCACGAGCAGAGCGCGUCGACCAGCGACGGCAGUGCCGCUGCUUUCUUCCAUAGAGGCUGUGCUGCCGCCAAGAUCCCAACGUGCAAGAGCAAGACGCGUGUCCUGGGCACGUGCGAGGUGCAGUGUCUGGUCGACACGCCGAGUAGCUGGAGCCACGCGCAGUGGACGCUGCAGAUUGCUCAGCCUCAGAGCGACAAGACGAACACGGCAGUGUUCCAGCACAUUGACGACCUCACGCUGCCUCAGACGGUGCAGAAUCUGACAAUCGUUGGCGGGACGACGAGCUCGCAGAUCACGAUCCCGCUCUCGUUUUCACCACAAGCUUUUCGCACGGGCACAUCGCUGCAGCACCUUGCCAUUUCAGACGUUAGUAUCGGCGAGAUGCUGGUCAACGUCUUUCCCGAGACUCUCGAGUCGCUUACGAUCCAACGAGCAAAACUUACUGCGUUUGACCCUCGUGGGCCACACGCAUUGACGUCGGUGUCCACUUUGGACCUUCGCAACAACGAGCUAUCUGACAUUCCUCCAAUUAUUUAUGAAAUGCGUCGCUUGUCGGCGUUGUAUCUGCAAGGCAAUGCCAUCUCGAACGCCCACGUCACGCUGCCGCAGCUCCAGUAUUUGCAGAAAUUGCCAGUGUUUGAAGCGUACCUGACCGUCGACGAGAGCUGUUCUGUGGGCUACGAAGCUGUAUCGUGGGCCAACAAAAGCGUAUGCUACACAACCGAAAGUGUCGGCCUUGGCAGCAUUAACGGCUCUGAUUCUGAUGAAGAGAGCACUACUUCUACAGCAAGAGGUGACGUCAACAGCUCUGCGAUCGUCUUUGUGGUUCUGGGCCUUGUGCUCUUCGGUGUCCUUGCCGUGAUUGGCGGUAUUGUGUUCCUGCGGAGGUGGAAGCAAAAGGCGGCGAAAGAGCAACACGAUUCACUCGUGGCGGGUGAUGGCAAAACCAAAGUCAACUUUGAACGUUUUCGUGUGCGAAUGGGCGUGUCCAACAGCACGCUUCCGACUGCAGACCUCAAGACAUCGUUGAGCGAGUACAAUGCUGGCAUCGGACAUCGUAAGUCAGCAUUCAAGGAGCUUUCAGCUGCUGACGUAGUGAUACUGAACCAGCUGUCGAUUACUGGCCCCGUGGUAGUGUCCCUGGCAGAGCAUCGUACAAAGCUGGUGCUUGUGACAAAACUUCAGGCUAGUGGUGAAGACGUGGAAGCAGCGCUAGAAAUGAUUCCUAUGCUUUCGCAGAUGCGUCACCCUCAGCUUCUAUCCAUCACUGGACUUGUCUGGGACGAACGACUCGCAAUGACGGCAGUGUGUGAGUACAUGACGCUGGGCACGCUCGAAGCGUACCUCCGGAAUUCUGGCUCGAGACUCAACUGGAAGAACUUCAAAAUGAAAGCAGCAGCUGAAAUCGCGCGUGGGCUCAUGUACAUCCACAAUCAGCACAAGGUCACGUACGACGGACUCAGUGGUAGAAGCGUGCUUGUGGACCCCAAAAAAGGCUGCAAGCUGAACCCCGUGCAGGCGGCACUCCCUACGGGCGGAUUGUCUCCGUACAGUUGCCAGUCGUACUACCGUCGAUCUGACUCCACUACCAAGGCGUUUUUCGCUCCAGAGAUUCUGGCUGGCGAGCCGUCUCGGUCGUCGUCCGACAUGUACGCUUUUGGUGUACUGCUCGCCCACCUGGACACGGGUCAGACGGCGGACGAGAUGAUACGAAGCUCGUGGAGAUUGCGUACCCACAUUGACGACGUGGACAUGGAAAACAGCACACUCCUUUCCGCUGAUGGCACCGUUACAACAACCGAUGCUGCCGGUAUGGACCCCGAGCAUUAUCGAAGGCGUACCACUCACCUCGAGAGUUUGCCGAGCACACACAGCUUUCGUACACUUCAGAGCUCCCGCAGCAUUGCGCUGGAGGAAAACCGACGACGGACGACGCCGCUGCUGGGCGCCCAUAGCAACGACGACACGAGUUUCAUGAGUAUGUUUACAUUCACGGCCGAAUGUCCCGCAACGGUUCGCGAGCUGGCAGCCGCGUGCCUCCAAUACGAUCCAUCCCUGCGCCCGAGUGCGUCUUACAUUGCAGCUAUGCUGCACAUGUAA